CCUUAGCCGGGCCUGAAUCGUGCACGUUUCGCCUGAUCGAUACAAGAGUCCAAAACUAAAACGCGAACAGCGCGGCGGAAUUUACUGUUGUUGACCAUGGCCGCGCGUGCUUCGCCUCUCCUGCUCCUGCUGCUGCCAGCGGCCAUCGUUCUCGCCGCCGCCGCGGCGCCGAGCUCGGCGGCGGCGGGGCUGGACGACCCGGCGGGGCUCCUGCGGCGGGCCAAGGAGGCGGAGUUCAUGGACUGGAUGGUCGGGGUGCGGCGGCGGAUCCACGAGAACCCGGAGCUCGGCUACGAGGAGUUCGCCACCAGCGAGCUCGUGCGGCGGGAGCUCGACGCCAUGGGGAUCCCCUACAGGCACCCCUUCGCCGUUACCGGCGUCGUCGCCACCGUCGGCACAGGCGGCCCGCCCUUCGUCGCGCUCCGGGCCGACAUGGACGCGCUCCCCAUGCAGGAAAGUGUGGAGUGGGAGCAUAAGAGCAAAGUGCCUGGGAAAAUGCAUGGGUGUGGCCAUGAUGCACAUACUGCUAUGCUAUUGGGCUCUGCCAAGAUUCUUCAGGAGCACCGUGAUGAGUUGCAGGGUACUGUAGUUCUCCUUUUCCAACCAGCUGAGGAAGGCGGUGGGGGCGCAAUGAAAAUGGUAGAAGAUGGAGCUGUGGAAAACAUAGAGGCCAUGUUUGGGCUUCACGUAGCUGACAUUGUUCCUAUCGGUGUGCUGGCAUCCAGGCCUGGGCCUAUUAUGGCAGGGAGUGGAUUCUUUGAGGCAGUAAUAAGUGGAAAGGGAGGGCAUGCUGCACUUCCUCAUCACACUAUAGAUCCGAUACUGGCUGCAUCGAAUGUCAUCGUUAGCCUUCAGCAACUUGUUUCCCGAGAAGCUGAUCCCUUGGACUCACAGGUGGUAACAGUUGGAAAGUUUCAAGGAGGUGGAGCCUUCAAUGUUAUCCCUGACUCGGUUACAAUAGGUGGCACCUUCCGAGCCUUUUUAAAAGAGAGCUUUAAUCAAUUGAAACAACGAAUUGAAGAGGUCAUAGUGUCACAGGCAUCUGUGCAGCGGUGCAGCGCUGUCGUGGACUUCCUCAAGAAAGAUCGCCCUUUCUUCCCCCCAACAAUCAACAGCCCGGAGCUGCACGAUUUCUUUGGGAAGGUGGCCAGUGAGAUGGUUGGCCCCAACAACGUGAGAGACAGGCAGCCACUGAUGGGUGCUGAGGACUUCUCCUUCUAUGCCGAAGCCGUUCCCACGACAUACUAUUACUUCGUGGGCAUGCUCAACGAGACCCGCGGACCACAGGCGCCUCAUCACUCUCCCUACUUCACCAUCAACGAGGAUGCAAUGCCGUAUGGCGCGGCCAUGCAAACGUCAUUGGCUGCUCGCUACCUGCUUGAGCACCAGCCUGUUAAAGCUGCCAAGUCGGAACCCCGCGACGAGCUGUAGAUGUGCCCCAAAUCUGGUUAAUGUGAACUGCAAUUGAUUAAAAAGAAAGAUUCUGUGCCAAAUCAAGCGGACUCGCGCAGUCACCAGGUGAUUGUGCAACAGUUUGUACAUAAUUUCCUGACUUCUAAGCAUUUAUCCGAGUCGACUAGUAAUCUUCGGUGCAGUACUGGGACAAAAUAAAAUGCCUCGUCGAUAAUUUAUAACCAUUUGGAUCUACCAUUUGUCAAAGCUCUUGCGAAGAAUAAAUUUUUAAGCAAUCACAUGAAA